GAAACUGGAGACUGUAGAAUGAGGUAAGGAGGACAUAAGUAAUUAGGGACUGCCUCAGCCUCCUCGGCGUGUAUAAACGUCACUUGCUGUGUGUCCAUGCCUCUACUGCACUUUGCAAGUACGGCAUGAACUUAUGUGGGCGCACUCAAGAAGCCCGUGCAUCGCGCUGUACUGUCUUCCACCCGAAACUCUCAUCUGGUGACUUCAGGAUUGUUUUCCGUGCUGUCAGACUCAGAGACAUCGUUCAUCAUCAGGGGGAACCUGUUUUAAUCACCAUACUAUCAAAGCAACCUCGACAAACAGGACCAGAAUCUACAUUUUUAAAUGACCAUCUGGUCUGCUCUCCUGCAAAAGUCCUGAACGCACACUGAAGUAGACAAUUCAAGGGAUGGAGAACAAGGCCAUGUACUUGAGCACCUACCAAGACCGGGACAGCGGCCCUUUCUACGAAGAGGCCUAUGACGGCCGUAACCUCUCCAAACUCAACCUGUGUGAAGAAUCCUGCACCUCGAAGAGAAGAAAAGGAGACAGCUGCUGUGGCCACCUGAACUCCCUGUCUGCCAUCAAGUAUGCCAUCGUGUCGCUCUACAUCCUGGUCCUUCUCAGCAUCCUGGGUCUCUGCAUAGCAGUCUCCAGGUCUCAGGUGUCCUCGGAGAAGCAGGAGGCCUUGGUGGAGAAUGUGACCCGACUGGGCGACCGUUCCCGUGACCUUCAGGAGUCCUUGGGCCAGCUGUCCUCGCAGGGCGACCUGCUGGAGAACAUCUGGAAGCUGGAGAACCUCUUCCAGAACCACUCUGACGCUCUGGAGCAGCUCAGCCUGGCACUGCGCGGCCUCGAGAGGGACGUCCGCGACCUGCAGGACCACACCUUGCAGACCGACGACAAUGUGAAAUAUCUGGGCCGCCGCCUGGACCGCCUGGGCUCCUCGCCGGGUGGCGCUGGGUCAGACAACAGCAGCAGUAGUGGCGGUGGCAGCAGCCUGGAUGUGCAGCUGGCCCAUGCCACCAACUCCCUGGCCGCCCAGGACGCUCUCCUGCGGGAGACGUCGCAGCGCGUGGACCGUCUGCGGGAGCGUGUGGAGGACGUGGGCUGGAUGGUGGGCGCUGUGAACCACACGUUCUCCGGGGAGGUGAGCGUCCAUCGGGCCAAGAUCCAGGACCUGCAGGUGCAGAUCAGCAAUGUGACACAUGACACAUUGACCCUUAAGGUCAUGCAGGUGCACCUAGAUGAACAGCUGCGCAACGAGAUCGAGAUCAUCAACGUCAUCACCGAGGACCUGCGGCUCAAGGACUGGGAGCACUCGGUGGCCCUCAAGAACCUAACCUUCAUACAGGGACCUCCAGGGCCAAAAGGAGAGAAGGGCGAUGAUGGAUCCCUGGGCCCUGUCGGCCCACCGGGCCUCAGCGGAGUCAGAGGCGAUGCUGGAGAAAAGGGUAUCCAGGGUGCCAGAGGCCUGAAGGGAGCCAGCGGGCAGGACGGCGUCGACGGGCAGAGAGGCGAGAUGGGGCCCGAGGGGCCCAAAGGUCAAAGGGGAGAGAGGGGACCCAAGGGUGACAAAGGAGACCGGGGGGACAGAGGAAUGGAGAGAACAGGAACAGUGGAGGGGACUCUGGUGCGGCUGGUGAACGGCUCGGGUCCCCAUGAGGGCCGGGUGGAGGUGCUCCACGAGAGGCGCUGGGGGACCAUCUGUGACGACGUCUGGGACAAGAAGGAUGGAGACGUGGUCUGCAGGAUGCUGGGCUUCCGCGGAGCCAAGGAGGUCCACAAGACCGGACGCUUUGGACAGGGCACUGGGCUGAUCUGGAUGGACGACGUGGCCUGCGACGGCACCGAGGACACCAUCCACCAGUGCAAGUUCUCUGGGUGGGGUCGGACCAACUGCGGCCACGUGGAGGACGCCGGGGUGACGUGUAACCCCUAACACUGUCCCCCGAAACACAAAGCAUCACCGCCACUAGCUAGCAGACCCACCAACCACUCAAACCAACCGCGACCACAUUCCAGUACUUGCCUUGCUCACACCCCCUUCCGAUGUGUGUGUGUGUGUCUCGUUUUUGGAAAAGGCCAAAAUGAACUAACUUGUUAUGUGGCAGCAGCGUGACUUGACAGGCCAGGGAGGGUGCAUCAAAGACCUCCGCACUUCCUGGUCCACGGCACGUGAAUCGAUGUGACAGUUUUCGAAAUGCAUGGCUGUGACAAAAAAGCCCCACUUGGGGGCCUCUGGGUCAACUAUUGUCGUUUAAGAGUCGGUAUCGCCAUUGGCUGGUGCUACCAAAAAGAGGGAAGAAGAAAAAAAGGACGAAUCCCUGAAUCUGUUGCCAACAAGAUCCAACCAAAAUAAAAGGCCAGUAAACGUGCGGUGACCUGGUUGGGGGAGAGAAACGAGCUUCGCAAAGGGAAUGAGUGGGAACAAGUGCCGUGCAUGUCUAAUGGAUGUGAACAGAUUAAAUUGUGGUGCGUGUGCGUGUGCGUGUGCUUGUGUGUGUGCGUGCGUGCGUGCGUGCGUGCGUGCGUGUGUGCGUGCGUGCGUGCGUGCGUGCGUGCGUGCGUGUGUGUGUGUGCAUGUUUUAGAGUAUGUGUGCCCAUUGGUCAUCAUUGGUCUAUUCGAGGCAUGACGGUACUUAGGGGUCUUAAAUGUUGAAUUUUACAAUGUUACCACAUGCUAGGCCUCUUUCUAGUUCCCCUCUCCCUUCUCCAAACCAGGUAAUUUUGGUUAUGCAAUGCUUUGCCAGAAGUGCCUUCCCUCCUCUUUAUGGGACAUUUUUGCAGUGGUCACGAGAGUGAAGCUUGAGUCUUAACCCCAAACACAGCAAAAUUACAGCCAAGGUAGAUUGAUAUACUAAAACAGUAAAGAGACGCAGUGGAAGCAUGUUUUUUUUUUAAAAUGACAUGAAAUUGGGAUCUGAUUUGCUCUUCAGUUUUCAUGACCGACAAGGCAGUUUCCAUACUUGAAUGGAGCCCUGCUAUAUGGAACAAAAGCCACAUGUAGGGGUGGCUCUCUUGAUGCACAUAGUAUUCAACAAAGAAUAAACGUCAUUUUUUUUUUAUUGCUGCACAACACAAAAUGUGACAAAAUGCACCACAGCCACGUCUCGGCAGACAGCUAGCUUGUCUUGUGUGGCCGUUUGUGUGGGCCCCUCGAGGCCAUUCCCCACUCCUCAGUAUUUCAACACGGUGCAAUGAAGCUCAAUCAAACAGUAUUGCGAAACGGCCAAAGACAACACAUGAUGAAUUCCUACUCAGUAUGAAUUAUCUCUCUCUUUCUCUCUCUCUCUCUCUCUCUCUCUCUCUCUCUCUCUCCCUCUCUCUCUCAGAACAGAACAGAACAUGACUGCUUACAUUUACAGCUGGACUGAAUUUACUUACUACCUUUUCCAAUAGUGCAUUUAAUGUUUAUAAAAUGUGACUUAUGUGUCACUAUGUAGUCUUUUCUCUUUUGAAAAAUAACAUUACCCUUAGCACUUGAACAGUUUUUGUUUUAUAUAUGCCUACAGAUUGUGUAACGUUUUUUUUUGUUGUAGCUAGGUUGCUGGGAGAAUAAGACAUGGUUUUGAACGGUUCACCACAGCACAAGUUAUUCUUUUUUUUGGUCUUUUAAACCACACAUUAGUCAUAACUGACCUCCCUUUAUUUUCGAUGUGUUGCUUUGCAAGUGUUGCAAAUUGACCACAGAAGAACUUCCUGCUUUGGAAUUGGGCCAUCAAGCCACCAGGGCCAGGCGCCUAAUUGCUCUCUCAAAACGCUGCCAUGUCCUUAUAUACACGUAUAGAUGCCUGUUGCAUUAGGACCUGUAUCGCGCUGUACACACGCCAAGUGGCCAUAACCAGGCUCCUGCUGAGCUCAGCUCCUCAAGCCUCUGAGUGAGACGGUGGGGAGUCAGUGUGUGUGUGUGUGUGAGUGUAUAUGACAGAGAGAGAGAGAGAGAGAGAGAGAGAGAGAGAGAGAGAGAGAGAGAGAGAGAGAGAGAGAGGGAGAAUGUGUGUGUAUGUGUUUGUGUGUGUACGUAUGCGCCUGUUUGAUGGCGGGGAGUAGUGGUGUGCGUGCACUUGUGCGUACAUGUUUGCGUGCACGUGUGUAUGUGUGUGUGUGUGUGUGUGUGUGUGUGUGUGUGUGUGUGUGUGUGUGUGUGUGUGUGUGUGUGUGUGUGUGUGUGUGUGUGUGUGUGUGUGUGUGUGUGUGUGUGUGUGUGUGUGUGUGUAGCCCUGCAGUGCUGUAUGAUGUUGAUUAAGACAGGAGCUGUGGGCCUGCCGGUCACAGUCUCUUGCUCUUCAAUGAGAAGCACUCAAGAGGCUACAUGGGAACACAGGUGACAUUUCCAAAGUUUCCGAAAGAUGUUUAACAGCAUUUUGUUCACCUUUUUUUAUUUCAUUUUCUCUGUCUUGUCUUAUCUGUGGUCGUUUUCAUUUCCAGGUGCAAAAGAAAGACAGAAGUCCCAUUAUGUUACUUACAUUAUGAAUGUAUAUAAAUCAUACACAUACUCUUAUUUUGAAAGUCUUUGUUGAAGCGACGUCAGUCUCAGAGGCAAUACCAGUUACAGUAUUUGAUGUGUUGUUGUUGUAUAUUGUCGGAGUCAAAUAAAACAUGUUUGUGUA